AUGGCUCUUUCGGCAGAUCAACAAAAAAUCAAGGAACGGCUACUCCGUAAGCGAGCAUACAUCAAAGGUCAGUUCACAUCAUACAGAAAGCAACUGAGCUUGCAAGGCGAAGGCCCAGGGCCUGAAAAACUCGCCAUCUUCAAUGAGCGUCUCGCAAGUCAUUUCUCUGAACUCGAUCGCAUAACGGAUGAUUUAGAAGAGCUAGAACCUACCGCUGAUCACUCGUCAAUUCGCGCCGCGUUAGAAGAAGAAUAUUGCGACCUCAUCGCAAAGCAAUCUCUUCCGAAAUUCGACGGGAAAUACGAGGACUGGCUUAGCUUCAAGGACGACUUUCAAUCAUCUAUCGGUCAACGUUUAGAUUUAUCUGACACGCAAAAACUCAAAGUACUUUUGGACACCUGUUCAAAUUCCAAUUUCAUGACCGACAGGCUAGCCAAUUCGCUCGGUCUCCCGAAGGAGAAAUGCAGCAUCCCCAUCAGCACGAUGAACAAAACGCGAAGUGCCACCAAUUAUCUAGUCAAGGCGACAAUAAGAUCAAGGCUUAACGACUUUACAAGGAUGUUGAGCUUUCUAACAGUGAUGGAUAUUGCCGGGCUAGUACCAGACGAAAGAAUCUCGCGAAAAAAUUUACAUCUACCGCUGAACAAGCCGCUUGCAGAUCCUCAGUUCGACCAGCCAGGAGAAAUAGAUAUGCUGAUAGGAUCCGGGACAACUCUCUCCACAUUAUGUGUCGGACAGGUAAAAUUAUCAAAACCAUCAGAACCAGAUUUGUACUUACAAAAUACUCGUUUGGGAUGGAUCAUCGGUGGCAACGUCUCGGAGAGAAGUGCGGUUCCAGAAUCCAGUAACGACCAUCGAUGUCUUUUGACCAAUUUGGAAAGGAUCAUGAGACAGUUUUGGGAAAUAGAAGAACCAACCAAGAAACCUCACCUUAUCGAAUCGGACUGUGAGGAACACUUUCGGCAACACGUUAUCCGCGACGACAAUGGGAGGUACGUCGUCGCUCUUCCGUUCAACAACAGGAAGUCCGAACUCGGCCAAACCCGAGCAAUGGCCGAAAAACGGCUCGCAUCCAUCGAGAGGAAACUGCGACGUGAUGCAAAUCUUCACGUACAAUACGCUGCUGUCAUUGAAGAAUAUCUCACCCUUGGGCAUAUGACACGGAAACCCGACGAGCAGAUAACCGAGGGGUAUUUUCUGCCGCACCACGCCGUCGUAAAGGAAUCCAGUCAAACUACCAAGGUGAGAGUAGUAUUUGACGGAUCAGCGAAAUCAACUACAGGAAUAUCGUUGAACGACACCCUACUAGUCGGCCCAACCAUUCAAGACGACAUCUUCUCUCUCCUUCUGAGAUUUCGCUCACAUAAUUACGUGUUAACUGGAGACAUUGAGAAGAUGUAUCGUCAGUUCCUAGUACGUGAAGAAGAUAGGGCAUAUCAACGGAUACUCUGGCGGGAUGCUGACGGUCAAAUCGCAAUUUACGAAUUGAAUACUCUUACGUUUGGUUUAUCUCCAGCUCCAUUCUUAGCAAUCCGUUGUCUCCACCAACUAGCCAAUGACGAAGGUCAACAAUUCCCACGAGCAGCUGAAGUCAUCAAAAAUGACAUGUACGUUGAUGACCUGUUAACUGGCGCAGAGACCUUCGAGGAAGCAAUCAUUUUACGAAAUGAAAUCGAUGCAUUACUCCGACGAGGCGGGCUCAACCUGAGGCAAUGGGCAUCAAACGAUAUAAAGCUGCUCGAGGGCUUACCAGCAAGUCACGUAAAUCUAAGGCUACAAUCCAAGGAGGACAGCACUAUUAAGACAUUAGGAGUGCAUUGGAAUUCGGAGCACGAUUCCAUCAUAUACACUGUUCAUCCUACUCCACUAACAGGCCGGGUAACCAAAAGGAUCAUCUUGUCAGACAUCGCGAGAGUAUUUGACCCUCUUGGGCUUCUGGGUCCCGUAAUCACGCACGCGAAACUCAUAAUGCAACGCCUCUGGUUGGAACAUUUGGAUUGGGAUGAUGCCAUACCACUUUCGAUUUAUACCGAAUGGAUAAAUUACAUAUCGCAUCUCCCGAAACUGAAUCAUCUCUCAUUCAGCCGCAAAUUCGUUCCAGCCGCAGCAGAGGACAUACAACUGCACGGUUUCUGCGACGCGAGUGAGAAGGCCUACGGCGCGUGCAUCUAUGCAAGAGCGAUCGACAAGCACAGAAGAGUGACCUCUACAUUGUUGUGCGCAAAAAGCCGCGUUGCACCACUAAAAGGUGUGGGGACCAGCAAGCUUAGAAGUGGUGAAGGAGAUCGAGAGCAUGUGGAACACGCAACGAUUCCACGCCUGGAGUUAUGCGCAGCGCAGCUCCUGGCCAAACUUUACGCAACUGUGCGUCACGCCACGAGGUUGGAGCCAAACAAGGUGAUCUUCUGGAGCGACUCUACCAUCGCACUUCACUGGAUCAGAACAUCACCACAUCAGCUACAGCCGUUUGUCGCCAAUCGCGUUUCCGACAUUCAGAAACGCACCAAUAUAGAUGACUGGAGACAUGUACGAACGAGAGACAAUCCCGCUGACUUAAUCUCACGAGGUCAAACUCCAGCGGAAUUUAUUCUCCCAUCUAUUUGGAAACAUGGACCUGCUUGGUUACUAGACGCGGAAGAAGAUUGGCCACGACUUGGGCUACCCAGCCUGGAGAGAGUUCCUGAGUUAAGAAAGAUAAAGUGCUUAACAACGCCGAUUCACAAUGAGCUACUUACCCGAUAUUCGUCGAUCGUGAGAUUACGACGAAUAGUCGCAUACUGCAGAAGAUUUAAAUCGAAAAAUAAGGGGCUGCUCUCCAGCACGGAGCUUCAAGAAGCGGAUCGCGUGAUCCUUAAAUUGACGCAAGCAACUGAUUUUGCCGAAGAAUUACACGAUCUCCAGGAGAACAAAUGUGUAGACAAGAGAAGCAAACUUAAAUCUUUAACGCCAUUUCUCGACGAACACGGACUCAUACGUGUCGGAGGAAGGUUGAGACACUCUUCAGCCUCCUUCAGUCAAAAACACCCCAUCAUAAUGCCACGAGGGCAUCAUAUUACGAAACUCGUAAUCAUGUACGAACAUUUGCGCAAUUACCACUCAGGAGUGCACGCAACAUUAUAUAUACUACGACAAAAAUACUGGAUAGUCGACGGUCGGAGUCAGGUCCGACUAGUUAUCCGAAGCUGCAUCCGCUGUCAUCACGUCGAUCCACGGACCACGAGCUGCCGAAUGGGUGACUUACCAAGGGUUCGUGUGACUGAAGCACGACCGUUUCUCAACGUGGGUGUCGAUUACUGCGGCCCAUUCUUCAUCAAAGAAAAAAAAUUCAGAAACCGCAAUAGAGUAAAAGUAUAUGUAGCUGUCUUUGUCUGUCUCACGGUCAAGGCAGUACAUUUGGAACUCGUCAGUGAUAUGACGACUGAAGGAUUUAUAGCAGCAUUGAAACGAUUUGUCGCUAGGAGGGGACUUUGUCAAAACAUCUACUCGGACAACGGCACAAACUUCGUCGGUGCAAACAGCGAGUUGAACGAAAUUAGACAACUUCUCCAAUCCAAGGAGCAUCAAGACGCGACAUUCAAUUAUCUGGCUGAACGAAACAUAAAUUGGCAUUUCAUACCGCCACAAUCUCCAAAUUUCGGAGGAAUUUGGGAAGCGGCGGUUAAAUCCUUUAAACGUCACAUGAAACGAGUCAUCGGUGAUCAAUUAUUCACCUUCGAGGAGCUGAAUACUUUUAUUAUCGAAGUGGAAGCCAUCCUAAAUUCGCGUCCAUUGACGCCAAUUUCAUCUGAUCCGAACGAUCUACUGGUCCUUACACCAGGGCAUUUUUUGAUCGGCAACCCUUUGGCUACAACACCGGAACUGAAUUUAUCACAAACGCCAACCAACCGCCUAUCAACAUGGCAACAUAUCCAGAAGGUCAAACAAGACUUCUGGAAACGAUGGAAGACAGAGUACCUGACGGAGCUCAACACUCGUCAUAAAUGGACUCACGGUACGCACAACAUCAAACCGGACACGCUAGUGCUCAUCAAGGAGGACAACCAACCCCCAUUACGCUGGCCAAUGG